AUGCGGAGGAUUACAAAAUGUUUUGUAGAUAUUAUCUUUUUACUCUGGAUUGUAAAAAGGACAGCUGGUCAGUGUAUCACUGGUACAAGUAACGCUGGAAAGAACCCAGAUCCUGUAGGCCAAACGGAUGCUGGCAAUGCGAGGACCUUUAUACUGAAUUCAAAAGAUUUAGACUACCAAAUCGAUUGUUGCGGUUUUCUUUCCUCUUGGAAAUUUUACGUUGGAGCGACCACAGGAACACUGUAUGCCCAAGUUUGGCGACUCGAAGGAACCGACUGGAAACUGAUUGGACAAAACACAAUCACAGUUGGUGUUUCAGAUUCAAACACGCUUAAAACAGUAGCUAUCGAUUCUUCAUCCCAAAUACCAGUACUUUCAGGAGAUUAUAUAGGAUUCAAAUCUUCGGCCGGAACAAUCCCCAUGUUUCAUAAGACUAACAAUGGGGUGGGAAGCGACAAUGAAGAUGUACUCUAUUCCGACACGGCAGCAUCCACCGUCAACAGUGUAGUAACGGCUGCCUCCUUUACUCAGUAUGUAGAAAGAAACAUGGAGUUUAGCAUUUUGGCGGAUUUGGUUCCCGGAAACACACCUAGCUUCGGGGCUUCACCAACGUCUUCGUCCGUUACUGACGACACGGCCAUUGGUACAGUAAUUGCCACAGUGCUUGCUACAGACGCUGAUACAUUAGACACCCUUAACUUACAGUGGACUGGCACGACUCCGGCUGCCAACGCCGGUGUGUUCAGUUACAACAACGUUUCAGGUGCCUUGACGACGACUGGUCAGUUGCCCAUUGGAGACACAGACCUUACAUUUACCGCAACAGACCUGUGUGGGAACACUGUCACGCAUGCCUUCAAACUUACGGUUACCAAUUAUCCACCAGUGUUUCAGAAUCUCCCAGCUACUACAACUGUUAGUGAAGACAUUGACGUGGAGACUCAGUUGAAAAUCCUUACAGUUACUGAUGCUUCAUUGGCUGACACAAUCACGUGUACCAUUAACAAUAUCAAUCCGACAUUCGGAGAUUUGUAUCUGCGAUAUGUUACCGGAACCUCUGAUUAUGCCGUGUAUUUGAGAGCAAACGCUGCCCUUGAUUACGACACGACUCGUCAGUACGACAUCCAAAUCGACUGUACCGACUCUAAAGUCACGGUCUCCGAAACGUUUACCGUAUUCGUCACUAGGAACCAACAGCCAACUAUAACAAACCUCCAGACUGGAACAAAUUCGAUUGAAAUUCCGGGAUCCACAACAGCUAUUGGUACUAAUAUAUUCACAGUGACCUCUACUGACCCGGAGAAUGACCAGCUUUAUUAUAACAUGACCUGUACUCCUGCAUGCCCAUUUAAAAUAUAUGACUCUGGAAAUAUUCUUGUGGAGAGCAGCUUGGCCAGUCUGACGGAGACAGCGUACGAUUUGUUUAUCUACGUUUACGACGGCAAUACCUUGGUUGGACCAAGAAGUCUUACAGUCAAAAUAUCAGAUAUCAAUACAGCGCCAAAUAUCACCAAUCUACCCUCUAGCAUAGUAGUAGCAGAAAACACAGCCCAGCUGAGCACUCUCUACACUCUAGAAAAGUCUGACGUCAACAGUCUUGACAGUCAUACGUGGACGUAUUCGGUUAGCUCUGGUGGAUCGACCUAUUUUACCGUAGACAGUUCGGGCGUUGUGAAGACUACUUCAACCAACAUCAAUUACGAAACUAUCACUCCAAAGACAUUUUACUUAACGGCUUAUGUUUCCGAUGGGAAAGCUUCUGCAAGCGGUACUCUUACAAUUGACAUCUCCAAUUUGAACGAGGCGCCAUCUUUCUCGAAAUCAACGUACUCCGUAACAGGAAACGAAGGAGGUGCAGGUGAUUCAAUUGGAACGCCAGCAUUCGCUGUAACAGAUCCCGAGGGUGAUACAAUUACAUAUACGCAAGACUGUCCACAAUUCACCAUGAAUCCUUCAUCAGGAGCGUUAACCUUUACUAGUCAGUACGAUAUAGACUCCGGACUUCCUGCUAGUGUGACUUGUACCGUCACUGCUUCCGACGGAAGUCUCACCGACACUGCCACUCUCGUGGUCAAUAUCAACAACAUCAACGACAACGAUCCUACAUUCGCCAGCAGCGCCUACUCUUUUUUUGUACCGUCAACCUCCAGUGUCGGAACAGUUAUUGCUGCUCUACCAGCAACAGAUGGAGAUAUUGAGAGCUUUGGGGAGAUAACAUACACUAUCGACCAAACCUCAACUGGAGGUACAUACUUUGGAAUGAAAUACAACGGAGAACUCUUUGUUGCGUCUGAUUUAUCUCCAUUUGCGGCGGGAGAUACAAAGGCCAUUAUCAUAACAGCCACAGACGGAGGCGGGAAAACAGACACGAUGACCGUUACUAUAGUGAUACCCGGCACUACCACUGUUGCUGUCUCCAGUACCACCGACAGGUACAUGACGUUUUUCGAGGACACACGUAACGUGGCCUGGUUCGUCGCCUCCAUGGCUGUUGCAGCAGGAUUGUUGAUUCUGAUCUCAACAUUUAUCGUUAGGUAUGGGGAUUUCUCCUGGAUACCAAGGUUAUGUGAAAAAUUAGCCAAGAAAUGUAAAAGGAAGCGACGAUUUAAAAUAAGAAGGGAACCUACAGAAAUAUCUUAUGUCGAGCCAUCACGUGCCAGUGCCGGUAUUGGAGAGGGAGUUGCUCUACAUUUUGCCUCGUUAGGUGCCCAUCUUUCACUGACUGGUAGAAAUAAAGAGGAACUCUCUCGAGUAGCUAAACAAUGUCAAGAAAACGGACUGACAGACGAACAGAUAUUAAUACAAGAAGGCGACCUUACAUCUGCAGAAUUUAGAAGCAAACUGCUGAAAAAUACUAUUGAAAAAUUUAAGCGCUUAGAUGUUUUGGUUAACAACGCUGGAACAAUGUACUAUGCAAAAACGUCAGAAACAACAGAAGACAUGUACGACACUAUGAUGGACACAAACACAAAAUGUCACUUUUUUCUCUCCAGGGAUGCCAUUCCAUAUUUGAAAGAAUCGAAAGGAAACAUAGUAAAUAUUUCAAGUAUCUGCGGUCCAAAACCGAUGGCGGAAGUCGCAGUAUAUUGUAUGAGUAAAGCAGCUUUAGACAUGUUCACACAAUGCCUUUCUUUAGAGUUAGCUCCAUUUGGUGUUCGAGUUAAUGCAGUAAAUCCUGGGACUGUUGUGAGCAAGAUAACCAGGCGUGAACACUCGGCAUAUCAAGACGAUGAAAAGUAUCAAAGGUUUCUGGAAACCCAAAAAUCUAAGCAUCCCAUUGGACGAGUUGGAUUACCGGUGGAUAUAGCGAAGUCUGUGGCAUUUUUAGCGUCUGAGGACGCUUCCUUCAUCACGGGACAGAUUCUAUUUGUGGACGGUGGACGCCAUUGUGUGUCAUCUGCUGUUGCAACAAAUGUUAAAUAAAAAUGAUUAGACGUGUACCUAUUUAAUUAUGUGACACCCGAAGCGUCAUCAUCUUCAUCUGAAUUACAAAUAAUAAAA